AGACAGCGUUACUGAAAGUAACUAAUGACAUCUUAAGAACCCUUGACAAUCACCAGGAUGUCAUUCUUGUAAUGCUUGAUCUAUCGUCAGCUUUCGAUACCUUAGAUCACGAUAUAUUAUUGGCAAGACUUGAAUCAUAUUUUGGAUUUUCGGAUACAGUAAUAAAAUGGUUUAAAUCAUAUCUCACUGGACGUUCGCAAUCUGUUGUAAUUGGCGAUGUUGUGUCCACAUUAAGACAUCUUGAAUAUGGCGUGCCACAGGGUUCAGUCUUAGGCCCCUUGCUAUUUACACUCUACAUAGCUCCACUCGAAGACGUCAUAUCGAAAUACGACCUGGACUUUAUGUUUUAUGCUGAUGAUUCCGAUCUGUAUGUCGCUAUAAAUCCUAAUAAUCCAUUGACGUCCUAUGAAACGCUUAACGAUUGCAUAAAUGAUGUUAUCUUGUGGAACACCAGAAAUAUGCUACUUUGUAACCCUGGAAAAACUGAAGUUCUUCAUCUCUCAUCUCGGUUUAAAAAACAUCAAAAUCUGCAAGAAAAUCUCUCAUUUGCCAACACUACUGUCCAAGUGUCAGAUAAAGUAGUCAACUUAGGAAUUGUACUUGACAAGAACAUGACUUUAUCCAGCCAUAUAAAUGAGAUGUGUAAGAAAGCCAUUCUAAACAUAAAAUCAAUUGGCCGGAUAAGAAAAUAUCUAUCUAAAGAAGACCUAAAACGACUUGUAAACGCACUGGUAAUUUCUCGUCUUGACUAUGCAAACAGUAUAUUGUAUGGACUCCCCAAGUACGAGCUGGACAAAUUGCAACGAGUCCAGAAUGCAGCAGCCCGGCUAAUUACAGGGAAAAAGAAAUCUGAUCAUAUAACACCCGUACUGAAAGAAUUACAUUGGUUACCGAUUAAAUAUCGAAUAAAUUUUAAAAUAAUUCUCCUAGUUUACAAGUCACUACAUAACCUAGCUCCAGAUUAUCUUCAAAAAAUUAUUGAAGAAAGAUGUCCUACACGUACACUUCGAUCCUCCCGAUGUUCACUGCUUUCCACUCCAAAGAUAUACACCACGACAUAUGGAAAGCGUGCUUUUUCUCAUGUUGCCCCGGAACUUUGGAACUCUUUGCCAGAAUACAUUAAAUCCGCUGAGUCUAUUUUAGAAUUUAAAUCUUUUUUGAAGACUCAUUUGUUUAAGGAGGCAUAUGCUUGCUAACAUUAUAUCUAAUAUAUUAUAUACGAAAAUACUUUGUUCCACUAAAUCUAUUUUAUCUGUAAUAUAAGUUUAAAUUUUAACUAAUAUAUAAUGUAAAUAUAAACUAUUUCAGUAAAUUUAAAUAGUUUUAAGCCAUUGUAAGCGCAUUGAGAUUUUUAAAUGCGCAUAAGAACAUUAUUAUUAUUAUUAUUAUUUAGAUAGGUUAUUCACUGGAAAAUUAUUCUUAUGUAAAUACUAUGUGAAUAUUUAUUUACAUACUAUGUAAAUUAAUUUACAAUAAAUUUACAUAUCAUGUAAAUCUAUAAUUACUGUAAAUACCCUUGUCUUUAAAUUUACAUCUUUGCAAUGAUCAUGUAAAUUUAUAGGCACGGAAACAGAAAGAAGCAAUACGAUGUAAAAUGUCUGUAAAAAGUUAUUAUGUAAAAAUACUGUGAAAAGUUUGGAAAUUACUUGACAUUUUUGAAGCUGGAUAGUGGGAAAACCAUGUAAAUUUCAAACGCCGGCCCGAUAAUAAAAACCAUGGAAAAACCAUGGAAAUUUAUUGAGUAGCAGUCUUCAUAAAGUAUGUCAAUACCAUGUAAAUGAAAAGUGGGAGCCCGAUGACCAAAAACCAUGGAAAUUUAUUGAGUAGCAGUCUUCAUAAAGUAUGUCAAUACCAUGUAAAUGAAAAGUGGGAGCCCGAUGAUAAAAACCAUGGAAAUUUAUGAGUAGCAGUCUUCAUAAAGUAUGUCAAUACCAUGUAAAUGAAAAGUGGGGGCCGAUGAUAAAAACAUGGAAAAACCAUGGAAAUUUAUGAGUAGCAGUCUUCAUAAAGUAACUAUGUCAAUACCAUGUAAAUGAAAAGUGGGGGCCCGAUGAUAAAAACCAUGGAAAAACCAUGGAAAUUUAUGAGUAGCAGUCUUCAUAAAGUAUGUCAAUACCAUGUAAAUGAAAAGUGGGGGCCCGAUGAUAAAAACCAUGGAAAAACCAUGGGAAUUUAUGAGUAGCAGUCUUCAUAAAGAUAGGUUCGCACCAAAUUUGCAAUAGUUGCAAAUUUGAUGCAAAUUUAGUAGUUUGAAUUCGCAACCAUUGCGAAUUCAUCUUGUUUGCAACUCGAUAAAUUCGCUUCACAUUUGCCUACAUCUUUGCAGGCUUGCAAACUUAUUUACUAUAUUUGCAACACAUUUGCCAAUAGCUGCCAAUUUGUGGCAAAUUCUUCAAGCUGGCUUUGUUUAAAUGCCGAUUUUAUUAUUUCCAAGUCAACAUAUAUUAUGAACUAAGACUAAGUCUAAGAUUUCAAAAUUAGUCGGCUUAGAAUUUUAAUCGAAAUACUUUGAAGACUACUUUAUGAUCUGCGAUAUAUACGAGAGAGCUCCUGAUAAAUACGCAUCUAUAUGAAGUAGCUAAUCAUUUCUAUACUGAAAAACUAUAAAAUGUAAGACUUCUCGAGAGUAGAGAGGAGUUGGUUUGUUACCGUAAUUGUUUUGGUAAAACACUCCCGAUAUAUUUUGUUUUUGGAAGCACAGAAAACUGUUCAAUCGUUAAUGUUGGGAUUGAUUUGAUACUGUUGUAUAGUGUGAAUCUCGUGUAUGGAUUAAUACCCAUUUGUACAAAGUCAUAACCAUUGACACCAUCAUUGCAGCCGGAUGCAAGGAAGUUAAGCCGUAUUUUUUGGAACAUAUUUGCAAUAAAUUGGCAUAUGGACUCGCACACUGAAUUAGUAGUAGCAAAUUUAAUGGCAUAUUUACAUCAACUUUGCACAAUGGGCAGAUGUAUUAUAGAAGUCAGUUAAUGCAUUAAUUAAUAGACAUAGCUUUUUACUUGCCCUAAUUUUUCUAUAUUUUCCCGUAACAGCAACAUAUGUAUAGGUCCUAUAGCGCCGAAGCAAGGAUUUAUUGCGUGAGUAAACAACAGUGCAACUGGUACAUAAAUAAUACAUGAAAUGCGCGUGCAUGACUGUUUGGAUGGGACAGUAUACAUAAUAGAGUACAAUAUAUAUACAUUCAGGUUAAAGCAUCCAUGUCCGUGCUACAGAUGUAUUUGAGAAAAUUGUAUUUUCUCCUAUAUUUUUAUCCGAAUGAUCUAGCUAAUUCUAUAUAUAUAUAUACUUUCAUGGUUUUCAAAAUCAAGCAACUGAUUCCUGGCAGCCGAAAUAUAUGAAUUAUCCAAAGUUCUAUAACAAUGCAAAGAACAGACGUGAAGUCUAGAUAAUUAUCAAUACUCGAUAAUGGCUUGAAGACUUAUGCUGUCUAUAAUACCAUACAAAAUGAAUCAGUAUGAUGGGAUAAUUACAAUGUAGUUUAGUAAUAUUUGACACCAAAUUGACAGUAAAUUGGCAUACAUGCACCUUGGCAUAUUGAAGUAUACAUAUAGCAAAUUCGAUACUAAAUUUGCCCCAAAUUCGCAUAUAGCGCAAAUUUAUCGCAUAUAUAUUUGUCUUUAAUUCAAUAUGCUAGUUUUUUUUCAUCUUUUUCCACUAUCAGAUACUUUGUAAACGCAGUAUGAAACUAUAGCUGAUACCCCAGCGUGUCACAGGUGGAACUUGACUUCAUAUAUAUCAAGAUGCUGAAACAGUGAAACAAACAAUCUUGAAAAACAUUUAUUCAAUGAUUAAGAGUUGAUUUCAACCGACUGGGCAGUUUUGCUGAAAUAGUCAAAACUUAAUUGUUUGCAAGCAUACUUGCUUGAUACUAGGAAUAUUAAGCUAAAUUAGGGCAAAAAAUGCGUGGACGUUCAAGACGGCAAAAAGCCGUAGAUUUUUUUUGCUAUUUAAUAAUAUGGCAAUUGCUAUAUAGUUAUCGAAGCAAGAAAGAAAAUGUGAAGAUAGUUGCACAAAGCUACAAACAAGUGAAUAUAGUACCAUCAGUCACUACCAUAUUACUGAUCACCCAAACCUCUCAUCACCCUAAUCGUCUUCCGCCCGCAACUGCAGGCUAGAUGUUCUUUGGCGGGAAAAUUGACCAAUCACGUAGCCAUAUUUAUCUUCGAAGCCGCAAAGUCAGAACAAAAAUAUUUUUUGACAACAAACUGCAAGCUUUUGUCACUCAGAAAAAUGCACCAAAACAUAUUAUUUUAGUGCCGAUGGGACGAAAUAGAGCACCUUAAGGGAAAAUGUGGAGUAUAUGCUGCCUUUUCUGAAAGACAUACAACGAUUAAAGCUUAAAAUGAAAGGAAAUACGACGUUUGAUUUGAGCAAAAUAUCCGGUGAAACAACAAAAUGGCUUUUUAUUUCUCCACCAAAAAGGCUUUAUUUCACAGCUGGAUCAACAAUGAAAGUUGAAUUUGGACACUCAAAACAAGGUUAGUAGAUUUUACUUCAUAUCUAGUCGGUUAGAUUUUAUUUUAGAAUGUUUUUCAGAUCCCUCUUGAGCUUUUACCGAGCUUUUGACUUUUAUGUUUUCCCGAAUUUUGACCACAGAUAUUCAUUUGACAGUUCUAAUUUGCAAUUAUUUAACGUUGUCCUCGUAUGUCUAGAUAUAUUUUAAAUUAACUUUAACUCUAAUAUUCAGGAUAGCAUAUAUAUUUCGCUUAUUGCUCAAGUUGCCAAGCUAGCAUAACUACAAGAAACAAGGCCAGAGUUUCCUUUUUAUUGUUUUUACUUUGUAUGCCUUGCUUGAAGGCCUAUUUGCCCACUAUUUUGACUUAUUUUGUUGUUUAAUUUACUAUUUUCUUACUAGUAUCAAGCUUUACGAUUCUUGAUUUGAACCACAAGUUAGUUAUUAAGAAUUGAAUGUGAUUUAAAUUGAAAUAUUGGAUCUAUCAAUUAAGCUUGGGUAUUUAUAAAGCUGUCAAAGCAAAAGGCAAAGCCAGUUGGCAGGUGGGGGAGGGGGCCAGAAGCUCCUUGUUGGGGUUUGGCUCCCUUAAUAUUCUGACUCAAGGCUUACCUAACCAGAUAAGCCAUCUUCCCCUUGUUAAAUUAAUCAGAAACUGACCUCUAUUUAUCAAAUUUUCAUUGCUUAUUAAGCCUUGUUGUUUAGUUUGCUUAUUCGACAAUUAUUAUAUAUGAUAUGAUCUGAAUUAAGUUUAAGACCAUUAAUAAAAUUUGGAAACCCCAACGGUCUAUAGCAAGUUAUAAAAAUAAAUGAGGCACUAGCAUGGAAAAAGAUGUUAUAUUCUAUUUGAUACAAAUAAAUGCCAAUAAAAAUCAUAAUAAUUAAUAAUGAUGGUUCACUGAUGGCUGUAGUAUUAAAUCAUGAUCAUGACACAUAGACCAUUUAUACUAGUUGUUAUAGUUCAAACAUUAUACUUGAUUAACUUGAAACAACUGCCACUGCAUAUCUUGUGGUAUUAUCAACAUUUUAAAUAAUUCUGAAAAAUUAGCAUGUCAAUGAAAAAUUAGCAUGUCAAUCCACAGGGGGCAGAAAAGUACGAUUGUGUUUAUUUAAAAUACCUUGUCAUCAGCCAAUAUAUCGCAUAUUUCAUCCAGGUUUCAUCACGAUGAAAAUUAUGUUGAUUUUCGAUAAUAUCAUGCCAACUACUUUAUGUAAUUCAAACAUUGUAUUACAAGGACUGACCAUAGUAGCGUGGGCUCAUACUGGAACGAUUGACUUUGCUUACACGUACAAAUAAUAGAAAGGGAUGAAACCCCCGAUCGUGAAAUAUUUCGAAUGAAUAUAACUGGCGUGUUUCUGAACCAAAACCUUUUAUUUUUUGUGUACAGUUUAGAUAUGAUACCCUCAGGAUACCUGUCUUCGAAUGGAUAUAACUGGCGUGUUUCUGAACCAAAACCUUUUAUUUUUUGUGUACAGUUUAGAUAUGAUACCCUCAGGAUACCUGUCCAAGGAAAUUUUAAGAAACGGCUAUUAAACCGAAAUUUUUGGGACUACAAUUUUGGCUUAUUUUGUUUCAAUGUGCACCGCAACAACUGGUGACGGAAGUUAAUUCGACAUUGUAACCGGAAGUAGAACGAAAGUUGAAGGAAAAUUGACCUUUCAUCUUCCAUGACCUUUUAAUCGAAUUAACGGUUAAUAAUUUGAAUAUAAACAACUGACAAAUUUAAAAAAAUAUUGCAAAAUUCAAACUCAAUUACUCAAAUAUGGAACGUUUUGUCACUAUUAAAAAGAAAUGCGAAUCACCCGUUUCAAAAGCAACACGCGCUCUUGUAUCUAAAUGGUAUAAAGCUUUUCAAUAAUUUUAAAACAAUUGUUCUUGAAUCGAUCAACCGUGAAUAUAUUCAGUUAUCCACGACUUUGAACUUUGUCUAUGACUGUAAUCCAAACGGCAGUCUUUACACAAACCGGUCACGAUAUAAACUCGUCUUCGGCGUGUGUGCAGACUUAAGAUAUAUCAAUAGACUAUUUAAAUUCAAAAAUAAACUAAACAUGUACUUCUGGGGCGAAAAAAAUGGCAGUAAAUUUAAAUAAACUCUGAAACGGUUUUGAUAAUUCGGUUAAUAUAGACCUUUUUGUAAGUAUAUAAAACACCGGUGCAAUUUGGCUUGUAUUUAGUAGGCUUUGUAUGGAUUAUCAAAUAAGUGACAAUUCUUUCAAUAAGUGACAAUUCAAUUCAAGAAGAAUUCAAUUCAGUGACAAUUCAAUAAGUGACAAUUUAUAUCAGCAUAUUGUUAUUUUGAAACUGUAAUAAUACUAAUCAUAAAAAUACUGUAUGAGCCUGUAAUAUAUUAUAUAUAUAUAAAUCAGUUGGAAAAAUAGUUUUAGUCAUGCGCAAUAUCUUUGUAAGUGCGUAAUACGUCACUUCCGUCACCAGUUGUUGCGGUGCACAUUGAACGAAAGAUUUUCGGCGUUUCAUCCCUUUCUUAUUUUAUGUACGGGUUACACCCUCGGCAUCCUUUCGUAAGAUGUUCGGAAAUUGUCGUUGCAAUGCAAUAUGUUUGGAUUACAUGAAGUAGAAGGCAUGAUAUUAUCGAAAAAAUAAAAAUCAGCUAAUUUUGACCUUUUAUGACUAUGUCUACGGAUUGUUGUGAUAUAAAUAUGGGAUAUUGGUUGAUGACAAGGUAUUUAUAAAACACAAUCGUACUUUUCUGCCCCCUGUCACAGAGUAAAGACGGAACAGAGAGGCCACUCAGGGGUACAACAUGUCCACAGUUGUAGCACCCCCCCUGACAAGGUCCGCCAUUUUGCUGGCGAGUCGAUGCGCUGGAGUUUUGUAGUAAACAAUAUGGAGAAUUUGGAGUUUUUGCCACUAAAAUCGCUAUAAUUUUUGAACGAACCGGCCGAUAUUCUCUCUACGGCUAAAGCUUAUAGAUAAAAGGUUAGUGGAAAUAUCUGUUUUGGUAAGAGUGCUUAAAUUAAUAUUGCUCGCUUGUAAAAGGCCGUUGAAGGAGCGAGGAGUGGAGCGGCCUGAGCCGGCUCUGAGGUUGUCAAACCUUCACAAGACUGUACAUGUUUUGUGUAUAAAUCGACUUUACGUCCAAAGAAUAGUACUUUUGCUUAUUGUUGAAUCCUUUCUUUAAGCAAUGUUCUCUCAUAAUAAAAACAAUAAGUCUUGAUAUGUAAUAUUAUCUGCACUAAUACAAGACACCCCUAUAUACAUACUGUGUGCCCUUACUAGCAUAAUAAUAAAUAACCGAUUAUGGAUUUAUUGUUUUAACUCAAAAUUUCAUUUGAAAUUCACAGGGUCAAGAUGUAUAGAACUUCUUUACUGUUCAUGAACGUAGAACUGGUGUGCACAUGUAAAUGGCAUGUAUUUGGUUCAGAUGUCAACAGAAAACUAAUCAGACUUGCAAAUAUGAAGAUAGAAGAUAUGCAGGCUAACAGCUGCAGCUACAAAUAUUUAAAAACUGUAAAAAAUGGAACAGAAAACUAUGUUACUCAACAAUGCGAGAUGACCUCUGGCGAGAUUUUAAUUAAAAUGUAAAGGGGCCCUACAGUCAUUUUUUAGUUGAAAAGCCACCUUAGGGGACUCCACAGAGAUUUGUUUUGCUGUAUCUUACAUGCAGUGUCCAUGAGUACGAGUACUUCUGCACAUGUCAAGUAGCGACAAUAACAAAAAAUGUAAACAGUUACUUCAGGUGGCUUUUCAACUAAAAAAUGACUGUAGGGCCCCUUUAAGAGGGUCUUGUAGCUGCCAAUAUCUCUUGUUAGGCUGUGGUCGUUAAAAACGGAAGGGGGUGGAUAGGAGGAAUUUGACUAUAGUUGUUUUUAUAUCCUCCUCAAAUUUGUGGAAAAAUAGGUAUCUCCUGCAAAUUGGCCUGGUUCGAAAAAAUCGGUAUCCCCCCCCCCCCUAUUGCCUUGCAUACAUAAACAUAUACAAAAUAUUAACCACAUCACCCUGCUGGCAGAGCCUAUUUUACUUCGCAAGUUCGUAUAAUAGGCUCUGCCAGCAGGGUGUAACCACAUGUAAUCCACCAUAUAAUGCUUUUAAUACAGACUUGCAUACAUGGCCAUUUGUUGCUCCAGAAUGCACAUGGUUGUUCAUAUCAACAGGGAUGCUGGAGGGGCCAUUGCAGGGGCAGAUACAGACAAUUUUCUGACUGAUGAAAUGAACAGGCCCUUGCAUGUCUAGGGGUUCUCCCCUAAGAAAUUCUGAAAUCUAGAACCUCGGAAAUGUGAUUUCCCCAUUGACACAAAAACAUGUUACCCAUACAUCGCAAUAGCCAAGGCAAAACCAAACAAAGUUAUGUAUAUAAUACAUCUAUGUAUUAAUAAGGAAAACCUUUGCCCCCCCCCCCCCGUUACAAAAGGGCAGGAGGGGGGGGCAAGGUCUGCAUAUCAAAAUUUUUGCCUGUUCAUCUCAAUAUUUUAUUAAUCCCCCAUUGUCUUCUCUCUAAUAGUUAGUAUCCCCACUUUUGAUGUUAUAAAAUGUUAUAUCCCCCCCCCCCCAAUUUUCCUUCUAGCCUUAACCCAUUGAGUGGUCAGAUUUUUAUCAUUUUACUCUGUCUAACACUAAUUGAUUUUACUCGUCAAAGGGAUUCUUGCAGCUUAAUGGGUUAAAUAAUUUUUGCAAUAAAUUUUAAGGAUUAUUAAUUAAACAAAACAUAUUAUUUUAGGUACUAUAUAUUAAACAUAUUCCACUUGUAGUUUGUUGAAUUGUAUAAUCAAGCAACAUGCAAACAGAAAUAUGGCUAAAAUAUUGGGAAGCUAGUUGAACUGUUAUUUAGGAGGCCUAGAAGGGGACAUAUUCAAUUAAUUGUAUUACAUUGAACAAGCAAUUGCCAAUUGGUUAAUAAAAUAAAUUCUGCACAAACCCCACCCAGUCCCAAUCUCUAACCACGUGCAAUAUUGUUUGUCAUACGGCUACUUUACAAAAAACACAGUUCUUUCUUUGCUACAAAAAUCAUUUAAAUGGCAAACGCUGUAAAAAAAUACAAAGGAAAAGGAGGAGGGCGUACGUUCUGUUCUGCUGUUAACUGUUCCAACAGCAAACAUUCGCAUCCAGAGCUUAGUUUCUUUCGCUUUCCGCGUGAUAGACAAAGGUAUGUUCUAUAAUUGUUCUCAAAAUACAACGUUGCAAUUAAACCUGUCUCCACAAGUUUGACAGAAAAAUUGUAUUUUGGCAUUUUCAGAUCAAAGGAAUGGGUAGUGCUUUGUAGACGCGAAGACUUUGCCAAAAAGGACGCGGAAUACUUGUACAAGAAUGUGAGAAUAUGUGCAGAGCAUUUCGAAGACAUCAUGUUUAGCAACGACCUAAAAAAUCGCCUUAACCCUGAAGCAAAACCAACCUUAUUUAACAUCCCGAAUCCACCACCCACAGUGGGCGUGAAAAGAAGAGCUAUUGAAAGGAAAACAGUAUCUCAUAGCCAAGGUAGUUUUAUUUAAGUUCAGUAGACGUAAGUUAUGAAAAAAAAUCUACAUUAAAAAGUCUCUAAUUACAUGAAAAUUAUGCUUUUUACAGCCAAGAAGGCUAGAAUGGAAAGGACUGAACAUGGUAUGUGCAUUGUCAUAAGAGGUGAUAUAAAUCGCACCUCCACCAUUUGGGAUGAAUUUUUUUUGUUUUAAGCUAACAUUAUUAUUGAAUAUUGUAGUAAUCGAUCUUGUAAUAUUGGCAUUUGUAUUCAUACCCAAUAAAUAAUUUAAAAAACCCAGUUAACUAAAACAUAACUCAUAAGCUAGUAUUGUCGCAUUGAUUUAAUUUUAUACUUUUACAUCGUAGUUAUAUACUAUAUAGUACAUUGCAAAUUCUCUAACAAAAGGGUUUUUUUAGCUGCCAACGCAAAUAAAACAGCAAGUAAAAACUCUGAAAGUGACAUUCCAGAAACCAGUACAUCAGGUAUGCAUUAAUAGUACUGCCCCUGUAAAAUGCUUUGUGAAACAAAAUGACAAAUGUGCUUGAUGCCAAGCAAUCUGUACCCAAUAUCUUUUAACUCGCUCCUAGUACAACAAAUAAUUUUGCCUUAGUUGAAAAUAAAUUGCUACUAAAAGUCCGUUUUGUAUGUUUGAGAUAAAUUUUUGGUUAGUUAUACCUUAAGCUAGACCCCCGAUCUUUUACAGUGUUUGAUUAAAGGAUUAUUUACAUGAGCCCCCGGUUGGCCCAGUUAAUAACUGAGGAUGCCUGGCUAACCGUGCUAAAAUGUUCCCAUGUAAAGUCACCAGCACGGGGUAAUCAGGCUAGCGAAAAACUUCUAUACAAGCUAAAAUAUUGAUUUGAAUUAGUAUUAUUUUUAUCAAAUAGUUCUUUUUUAAGUUGUUCAUGUUGAUUAGAUAGUUUUAAAUUAAAAAUUAGCUCCAUAAAACGAGCAUUUGACUUGCAUGACAAACCUUACAGUAUUAACAAGUAUGUAAACAACUUUUCCCCGCCAUAUUUGGCUUGUUAAAGUUUCAGCCCGGAUAACCAGGCUAGCCGGGCUCAUGUAAACAGCCCCUAAAUCUAAAAUUAUGCAUACAGACAGAGUUUUACACACUUUUCACAGUACACUUAUAACUACUGUAUCUGUAUAGUUUGUGUGUAUAAAUACAGUUUUUUAUUCAUUGUGUAGAGCCCCUGCAUCCAACUUCUCCAUUCCAAGGAGAGAACAGUGGACUAAGUGGUGAAAGUCAAAUGCAAGAUUCCAUUUGCCAAACAAGCAGUGACCUGUCAAAGAACACGCCUAGGAAAACCAAACAAAGGAAAGUUAUUGGUAGUCAAAGGAAGAAAAUCAAUCGUUUGGAAGAAGCCCUAAAAAAGAAAAAGCCUGCAAGACAAGGGAAGAAGGACAGAACGUUACAGGAAGCACUUGACAAACUGCCCAAAAAUUUGGCUCAUUUUGUCAGGAUGCAGUUGGAAUUGCAUAGCAAGAAAAAAAAGGGAAGAAGAUACUCACCUCAAAUGAAAUCAAUUGCUGUCUCUCUUUAUCAUGCAAGUGGCAAGGCCUACAGAGUUCUGUCGAAGUUAUUCAUACUGCCAACAAAGUCAUCACUCCGUCGCUACAUCUCCAGGAUGCCAGCAGCCACAGGAAUUUCCCAGGGUGCCCUAAAUAUAAUAAAGAAAAAGGUUGAUAGCAUGAAUGAGCAAGAGAAACUAUGUACCCUUUGCAUGGAUGAGGUGUCCCUUAAAACUAACCUGUACUAUGACAUAACCAAGGACAGGAUUAUCGGUCUUGAAGAUUUUGGAAAUGGAAUCCGUACCAACAAAGUGGCAAAUCAGGCAUUAACAAUUCUUCUAAGGAGCAUCUCUGGAAAGUGGAAACAGCCACUUGGCUAUGCCUUGGUGAAUGGAGGAUGUCCGAGGGAUGAAAUGGAGGAGUUAAUGAAAAGUGCCAUCGACAAAGUUGAACGGAUUGGACUUAAUGUUGUCGUUGUUAUGUCUGAUAUGGGAAGCAACUUCCAAAGCCUGGCUAACCACUUGGGAGUCACUCCAGAAAGGCCAUGGUUUAUCCACAACAACAAGAAGUACUUCCUGAUGUUCGACCCACCACACCUGAUCAAGUGUGUCCGGAACAACCUGAUGAAGUAUACAUUCAAGUUUGGCAACUACACCGCUCAAUGGAAAGAUAUAGCAGAUUUCUAUGAGAAAGAUAAGGAGCUACCUAUCAGAGCUGCCCCCAAACUAACUGAGAAACAUAUUCGACCAAACAACUUUUGCAAAAUGAAGGUGAAAUAUGCUACUCAAGUCUUGAGCCACACAGUAGCGGCAUCAUUGUGCACGUAUGUGAGCAUUGGGGGCCUUGCAUCAUCAGCUAUGGGAACUGCUGAACUUCUGUUCAAGUUUGAUUCUUUAUUUGAUUGUGUAAACGUGUCGACAAUCAACUCAUCAAAGGUAUUGAAACGUGCCAUGACCACAACCUCAUCUCACCAAAGAUACAUGGAGGAAGCAUUUACCUUUAUUAAGGAGUUGAAAGUGUUUCAAGGGAAUGAAGAAGUCACUGGUAGGAUCAAGUGUCUCAAAGGAUGGUUGGUUACCAUCAAAGCCAUUCUUUCGAUUUGGGAUCAGCUUCAUCAAAACCAUGCCUUCAAAUUUCUUCUCACCAGAAGGUUAAACACCGAUCCGAUAGAGAACUUUUUUGGUUCCAUUCGCCAGCAAGGUGGUAACAGUGAUAAUCCGACCCCUAUCCAGUUCACCCGUGCCUUCAGAAAGCUGUUCUUCAGCUCGUUCUUGAAUUCGUCAACAGGGAAUUGUGCUGAGGAUUUUGAUGACCUUCUUGCCCAGUUUGCUAAAGCUAAAUCCAAGAAGAGUAAUGUUCCUGCUAUGGCUGCCCCACCAAAAGUAUCACCAAACUUGGACAUUGGAACUGUGGAUUAUCGUGACAAUGAGGUUACUGAGAACCUACUGAAAGACAAUCCAAUUGCCUAUGUUGCUGGGUACUUACUCCAGAAAUGUUUUAAACAUCACGAGUGUUCAACAUGUAGAGAAGCUGUGGUCACAGAUGAAAUUGGUGACAACAGGAACUUGCUUUGUUUCUUCAAGGCGUACAAAUCAGAUAAAAGUUUUGGAGGACUUCUAGCACCUACAGCACCAUAUUUACAAUAUGUCAUACAACUAGAAGACCUGUUUGUGAAAGAUUUCUCCAUGUAUACCAAGAGUGAUGGGGUUGGGAAAAGCAUCUUAACGAAACUACAAUGUGUUCCAGUUUCAUUUCAGCAUUGUCCAGAAUUUCCUUUCGAGUAUCUGCUGAAGUUGUUCUUACGAAUGAGAAUUUACUACAGCAUUAAGUUUGCCAACCGAAAUUUAUCAUCCAAGAAGAAGAACAAGAAAAGCAAAAAGUACAUUAAAGUUACCCACUUGUAGAGUACUAAUAAAUUCAUACCACAGCGUUCACUAUUAAGACAGUCAAGAGACUAAAUGGUUAUAUAAUAUCAAGAAACUAUUGAGAUUGUCCAGAUUUUUUAAAGUCGAGAUCACAAGAUCACUGUUGGACUUUAACUGAAUGUGUCAGCACAAUACACUAUAAACACAAUACGCACAAAUAUACGGGUAUAAACUUGGUGCUUUAUUCGGUUGUAAACCUGUCAAGGAUAAUCUGGUAAGGACGCCAAUCCAAAGAAAUACAUUAUAUUAAAACCUCUUCAACAUUUUAUCUCAAACAGAAGAAAAUCACUGAACUUAUUUAGACAACAUCAGGCAUACGUCAGGACAGGCCUUUGGUGGCUCCAUAGUCGCACAAUAAAAUAUCAAAAUUUGGCUUUAAAAAAAGGUUAAAUAAUGCCAUAAGAAAGGUAAAAACAAUUACUUACCUCAUAUUUUCCGAUUUCAAGGAUAAUUUUUGAAUUUGAGGCCAUAACUGAGCCAUAUGGGCCUAUAUUCACUGUCACCCCUUAUCUACGCACUAUUGUUUGUGAGAAAUCGACUCGCCCCCAAAAUGGCGGCCAACAUGCGCGAGGCGACAUGCGCGAGGACAAAAACUUCAAAGGUUCCGACACGAGUGGCCCCUCUAUUCAAUCCUUACUCUAUGCCCCUGUGGUCAAUCCAUCAAUAUUUGACAAAUGAGAUAAACUAACCAUUUGCCUUGUGCAAUGACUUAUAGCUAUAAAUUGACUACACCACUUUUCUGACUUGUCAAAUAUAAUUAUGUUAAAUUAAGUUAAAUUUCAAUACAUUCAUAGGGAAUUGAAGCAGGCACUGCCUGGGGUAUACAAGAAAUAGAAAAUUCCAGAAAUUUGCUGUGUAAAGAAUAGGAUGCCAACCAGCAAUUGUGACACAUUCCUUCUAUCACUGACCUGGCUUCAGCAAAGUUCUUUUACUAUUUUCAGGUCAG